CGCAACAUUAGCUUGUCUGUCGUGAAUGAGCUAGUCAGCUAUGCUAACCCGUUACUAUUGACCUCUAUUUUGAUAUUAUCAACCAUAAUUAUGUCUUUUAAAAGGGAAGGUGAUGACAAGAGUCAAUUGAACAUCCUGAAGAAACGCCGUGUUGCAGAUCUUCUGUCUAAUUAUAUUCCAGAAGAUGAAGCAGCUCUUAUGAAUAAUGGAAGAUAUACUUGCCUUGUGUGCUCUUACCGUCCUGUGUUUGACACGGUGGACACGCUGACAGUCCACAGAAACGGGAAGAAGCAUCUGGAAGGUUUAAAAGGAUUCUAUGGAAAGAAAGCACGGCUAAAGAAUGAAAUCAUAAAAAGGCACCAUGAAAAAUACGUUGAGGCUGAAGACAAAAGACAGGAACCCUCCUGUUCAGCUCCUCUAUUGGAACAAACUCGGAAGCUUACACAUCACGCCUUAUUGAAAACUGUCCCUUAUAACAGCUGCCAUACAAAAACCAGUACAAAAGGUGGAACAGGAGCUCUGAGAGUUGACUCAGAUCCCAGUGACAACUCUUCAAGCACAACAGCAUCUGAAGCAUGCCGGAAAACUGAAGUUCCGAACCGGUUAUCACAAAGCGCUUCUAGUGGCUGCACAGCUGCCAAUGAGGAGACACACCCAGAUGUGAAAGGAGCUGAGUCAGCAGAGCCUCAGGAAGCAGAGCCGAUAACAGCCGAGAGGAAGAGAGAGCUGGAGCAUUACCUCAAACUAAAAAGUGACGGGUGGCUGCGGGACCGGAGCGGCCAAUGGGUGAGAGACGAGAACGUGGAGUUUGAUUCAGACGAGGAGGAGGAGGCUCCUUCGCUUUCCCCCCUACCCACAAGUCCCUGAGAGGACACAUGUGGGGAAACACAGAUUAGCUUGUACCACAGUGGAACAGCCGGAGCUCCACAUGCACAGCCUUUCUAAAACCUUUCAUUCAAUUCCAAUGUUUUUGUAUGCCUUUAUUAAUCCUUGGACUCACUUCCUGGUUGAAAGAACAGCCUGCUAGUCAUUAUCAGCUGCUACUGUUUACCAGGACACUUACAAUUUAAGGAGACAUGUCAUUGAUUCUGUAUCUCAUAUCAUUUGAUUUACAGUUUGAAAAUCUCUUUUGUUUUUGUGCUGACAGUAUUUGCCUGUUUACGUGUGACAAUUAAAAGGCUCUUUUUUAAGAUCAA